GCCAAGGGGAAGGCGAGUUAGGGGGCACCGGGAUGGGACGGGGGCCGCGGGCUGAGCUCCCAGCCCCCUGCCUCAGUUUCCCAUUGGGGCUGGAAGGGGGCCGGAGCCAGCCAGGUCCCACCGCAGGGCCCUCGCUCCUGGCUCUUGGCAGCCUCGCCACGGCUGGCAGCCCGAGGUUUUUCCCACUUAAUUCCCCCCCAGGGAAGCUUUUCCUAUAAAUCCGGCCGCGCCGGCGGUGUCGCCUUACAGCUGCUGGCCCGCAGCGAGCGCUCGGGGCUGGGCAAGGCGCUGGUCCUGGUGCUGCACCACAGCCGCAGGCUGCUCGCCGAGCCACGGGUGGGGGAUCGGGGGGCUCCAACAGGGCCCCCCAUCCCCAUCCAGCUGCGCAAGGUGCAGUGCAAGGUGCUGGUGCUGUGCAAGGAGCUGUGCAAGGUGUUGGUGCAAGGUGCCGUGCAAAGGCCCUGUGCCAGGUAAGCUGCUGUGCAAGGUGCUGCGCGAGGUGCUGCCGCUGUGCAAGGUGUUGGUGCAAGGUGCUGUGCAAAGGCCGUGUCAUGCAAGGUGCUGCCACUGUGCAAGGUGCUCUGCCAAGCGCCGGUGCUGUGCAAGGUGCUGUGCAAGGGGUUGUGCAAACACCCUGCUACGGCAGGUGCCACGCAACGGCCCCACUGUUCAGGGAGUUGUGCGAGGCGCUGUGCAAAGGCCCUGCUGUGCAAAAUGCUGUGCAAGGUGCCGGUGCUGUGCAAGGUGUUGUGCAAGUGCCACGCAAAGGCCCUGCUGUGCAAGGUGCUCUGCGAAGUGCUCUGCAGUACGAGGCACUGUGCAAAGGCCCUGUUCAAGGCGUUGUGCGAGGUGUUGUGCAAAGGCCCUGCUGUGCAAGGUGUCUGCAAGAUGCCGGUGCUGUGCAAGAUGCCAGUGCUGAGCAAGUUGCUGUGCAAGGCACUGUGCAAAGGCCCUGUUCAAGGUGCUGUGCAAGGCGUUGUGCUAAGGCCCUGCUGUGCAAGGUGUCUGCAAGAUGCCAGUGCUGUGCAAGGUGCCGUGCAAGAUGCCAGUGCUGAGCAAGGCACUGUACAAGGUGCCGUGCAAGGUGCCGUGCAAAGGCCCUGCUGCGCAAGGUGCUCUGCAAGAUGCCAGUGCUGUGCAAGGUGCUGUGCAAGGCGCUCUGCAAAGCGCCGCUGCAAUGCAAAGUGCCACGCAGAGGCCCUGCAGCGCGAUGCGUUGUGCAAGGUGCAGCCCAAGGAGUUGUGCAAGGAGUUGUGCAAGGUGCCGCGCCACGCACGGCCAGGCUCCCUGCAAGCUGGGAACAGCGGGGCACGGAGGGGCAGGGUCCGGGGGGGGGGUCCCCGGCCAACCCUCGCGCAGCGGAGCGCAGGGGGCAGGCGCCCAGACGCCACGGUGAUGGGCGGCCGCACGCUCCCCGGGCGCUGGGGAGGCAGCACGAAGCCUCCCAGAGGCUUCCUCGCCCUUCCCAGCUUUUGCUGGUUCCCAAAUAUCCGAAGGGAACCCCAAAAAAACCAAGCUUUGCAGGCGGGGGGUGCCAGCGGGGUGCCCCUCCCCGCCUCCCCUGGCGCACAGCCACCCGUAAUGGGCUCUCCCCGGAUAAUCUGCGCUCGCCGUGAAAUUCUAUUAAAGCUGCCCUGGAAGAUUAUCAGCGGCGUUUCAGGCCGGGAAAACAAUUAAAGACAAACGCCGGGCGCUCGGCACGGCUCGGCCAAAAAGGCAGGAGGAGGCUCCCGGUGGCACAGGAGGGCCGGGGACGUCGGCGUCCCGCCCAGCCUGGGGACGGGGACAGCCCCGGGGGCGCCUUGUGGAAAAGGGUCCCCAAAACGCAGGAGGGUUGGGGGGGAUUUGGGGGGAACAACCCCAAAGCAAGGUGGGGUGGGUCUGGGGGCGCAGCAGAUUUCCCCGGCUGGAAAACCAGCAGCGGCUGGGGC